GGCGGCGGGGCCGGGCGGCGCGCACAAGUCGGCCAUGAGUUGCAGGCGGUCGGUGGCGGAGCGCUGGCUGUAACUUGACACCGGAGCGAGAGGCCGAGUGGCGAGAGGGAGCGAGAGCGGCGGAGGAGGAGGAGAGGAGCCCCAGGGAGCGGGAUGGUGACCACCUCCUUCCCCUCCCCUUAGCGGCGCUCCGCAGCAGCCGCCACCGCAGCGCCGGGGACUCUCGCCUGCCUGCGGGGCCGGGGGCAGCCGGCGAUGAGGACGGGACGGGUCUCCUGAGCUCCCGGGAACUUUCAUCGCCGCGGGCAGCGGGAGCCGAGCAGGCGGAUGGAGGAUGCGCUUUCCCCGGCGGGCUGUGUGACCCGGCGGCGACGAAGGGGAGGAUGAAGAAGAAGCAGCAGCAGCACGGUGGCGGCGGGGACUGCCCGGCGCCCCGGCCCCCCGCGGCGGCGGGAGGGGGCCCGGGCCAGGGCGGGGGCUGGAAGAGGCGGCGGCCCCUCUCGCUGCUGCCCUUCCUCUCGCUGCGCGACUACGGCUUCUGCAUGGCCGCCCUGCUGCUCUUCUGCCUGGGCUCCCUCUUCUACCAGCUCAACGGGGGCCCCCCGCACUUUCUGCUGGACCUGCGGCACUAUCUGGGAAAUUCCACUUAUUUGGAUGAUCACGGACCACCCCCUCAAAAGGUACUUCCUUUCCCCAGCCAGGUGGUCUACAACAGAGUUGGAAAGUGUGGGAGUCGAACUGUGGUUUUGCUUUUGAGAAUUUUAUCAGAGAAACAUGGAUUCAACCUGGUUACGUCUGACAUCCAUAACAAAACAAGACUGACCAAAAAUGAACAGAUGGAAUUGAUUAAAAACAUAAGCACUGCUGAGCAGCCCUAUUUAUUCACUAGACAUGUUCAUUUCCUCAACUUCUCAAGGUUUGGAGGAGACCAGCCAGUAUACAUCAAUAUUAUUAGAGAUCCUGUCAAUCGAUUUUUAUCCAAUUAUUUUUUUCGACGUUUCGGAGACUGGAGAGGAGAACAGAAUCACAUGAUCCGUACCCCCAGCAUGAGACAGGAGGAAAGAUAUCUGGACAUUAAUGUAUGUAUCCUUGAAAACUACCCUGAAUGUUCCAAUCCCAGGUUAUUUUACAUCAUACCAUAUUUCUGUGGACAGCAUCCAAGAUGCAGGGAGCCUGGUGAAUGGGCCCUUGAAAGAGCAAAGCUGAAUGUUAAUGAAAAUUUCCUGCUUGUGGGCAUUCUGGAGGAGUUGGAGGAUGUGCUGCUUUUAUUAGAAAGAUUCUUACCUCAUUAUUUCAAGGAUGUGCUUAGCAUCUACAAAAAUCCAGAACAUAGGAAACUUGGCAAUCUGACUGUGACAGUGAAAAAGACCGUCCCGUCUCCGGAAGCAAUACAGGUCCUGUACCAACGCAUGAGAUAUGAAUACGAGUUCUAUUACUAUGUCAAAGAACAGUUCCACCUCCUAAAGCGCAAGUUUGGACUGAAGUCUCAUAUCAGGAAACCACGUCCCAGACCCGAGUUCUUUAUUCCUUCUCCCUUGGAAACAGAGGAACCUAUAGACGAUGAAGAAGAUGAUGAAAAGUGGCUAGAGGAUAUCUAUAAAAGGUGAUGGAUGGAAGAGCUAUCCUUUCUCUUCUGGUGACCCCUUGAGCUUAAGAUUUUUUUAAUUGUUAUUAAAAGUAAUUCCUUGAGGAACUGAGUUAAUGUGCAGCAGCAUUUGAAACUGAACAGAGGAGACCAUUCCCACAUGCUGGGGCCAUUAGGAGAUACCUGGUUUUGCAGGUUUGUUUCAUUGUAGGGUGUUGGCUCUAUAUCAUCCUUGCUAUAUAGCAUAGUUGAAGAGAGAAGUAUCUACUGUCCAUCACAAAAUAACUUUUGGAGUGCACGAUAGUCCUCUGGGAACCUGCAAAACAUAAAAGAAUGAAUGAGGUGGUCUUGAAAAGUGAAUUUUACAAACUCAUGUCUUUCUUUCUCCAGAAACAAGUCUUCAUUGCAUAUCACUACCACAUUGACUACCGGCAGUGUGCACUGUGGGCAGUGAGCCGUGUGGGAAGAGUGUCUCUUUCUGCCCAGAGCACACAGGGGUUCCAGUGGUACAGCUAGAGCCAUCACCGUGUCCAUACACGUGGAGGGAGCUCAGGAGGGAGCUAGAUAAUGGCUUCCAAAUUACCUGCUGUGGAAGGACCAAGGCUGCUGUUCUUGCAAAUUGAUAUUAGUGGGCAUAAGGCAAGUUACAGAUACUAGAUGGUUUUGGCAAACCCUUCUAGUUCAUAGAGCAGAAAAAGUUACCUGGUCAGUGAAUGGCAACACCUGGGUGCAAAGCAUAAGGCAGGGUUACCUAGAGUUUUGUUUCUGCAGUUGAGUAUGUUUCUAUUAGACUCUGAAGGAAAAGGUGAUGUGUAUGGUUUUUAUGUUCAGGAAGGAUAUUUAUAAAUUUUCAUUCUUCGUAUGGGUCACAAAUCCAAAGAGAUACAGAAAAAGUCACUCAUUAAAAAUGUAGGUGAUCUGGAACUGCUAUUAAGCGUGACUGGUAUUUCUGCAAUCUCAGAGUUUCAUUGUUCACAUCAGAAGCUGAACGCAGCUGCCCAACCAUUGCAAACACCAGGCUUCUAGCAUGGCUAGAAGUUAAAUUAACAAUACAGACAUACACAACAUCUCUAGGUGAAAUAUUUCAGAAUGAUAAAACAAAGAAGGUGGCAUACACUGUGAAACCAAAGCCGAUUCAGUGAUAGGUUGGUGAGAUAGUCACUGUGAAAGUUGCCCUUGUUAAUCACAAUUAUUAUCAGCAAACAUUAGGGGAAAAGGAAAUAGCUCUGGUAUGUGACAUGCUGUUGUCUCUCAGGUGGGUGUCCCCGGGGUUCCCUGUGAGGUGCAGCCUAUUCGACAGCCAGCCAGGGCUGGUGGCACAGAAGCAACAGGCCUGCCCACAGCAAUGGGCAGAGCUAUUUGGCCACCUGCUCCAAGGCAGAAUAGGGGAGCUUGGGAAGGGGCUUGAUGAGGCCUUGGCCUCUCGUGCAUCUCUAAUGACCAGAAGCAGCUGAAUGAGUAGAGGAUAAUAGCAAUAAAUUCCUGUCCCAGGACACAGGAAAGAAGCAGGGCUGAGGAUUUGCAGCUCUUGCCAGGAUGAGCCCCAGAAACCCCUCAGGGGCAACGCACCUCUGUCCAACUCACAUCCUUUCUCAAACAUCUACCAGGCAAGUUUUGCUUCCUAUUUUGCGGUUACCUCAGCAGCUUAUCUCCUGACUGCAAGGUAAUCCUGCAGUUUGAAAUAAUAAGCAAAAGUUAUUUUGUGAUGGACGAGGCAUAUAAACUCGGGCUAAGCUCCAAUGUUCUUUCCAAGGGUUUUCUCUUCCAUGAGCCUGCUGAGAGCCCAUGAACAUUAUGGCCCAUCUUCAUCAGCAGUCUUUACUGUACCUACACAUAGAGAACACAAAUAAAGAAGUGUAAUCAUGUUAAGACAAGAUGCUAACUUCUAGAAAAUACUAUGUGGAAGAUUCUGUUCUCAUUAUUAACAUCCCAGGUUGGUGGUAGCAAUGCACUGCCAUGGGGGACUACAUUAAAGAAAGCUGAAAAUGGCACAGAUAACAACUAACAUACUAGCUAAAAUACAAAUCUGCUGCAUUGUAUAUUUUAAGUGGUUUCUGUGAAAUUACAUUGAAAGAGUAAUGAUUAGUUUACACACUGUGGAGUUGUUACAUUUUGGAAAGAAAACUAAUAUUCGCACCUUUCAUAAUUUCUGUUUGCAUUCUUUUUACCAACAUUGUAACAGAAUAAUCAGUCACUUAACACAGUCACCCUUCCUGCAAGUUCACUGCCGCUUACCAUAAAGUCUAUUUUAAUCUGUUUAUUUAAUGGUAUCUUCAGCCAUCACUACUUAUAACCUAAAUACAAAACCUGUUUAAUGAUUUACUCGCUAGGUUUUAAUGUUGUAUUUUUCGUAACAAUCAACCUGGCCUCUCCUCCUUGAAUGGUACUUCAUAAAUUUAUCUGGCACAUAGUGUCUAAGAUUCCUGGUCCUACAGACUCUUUGUCUGUCAUGAAAUAUGUUUUACUUUUGAAAAGGUACGUUUUAAGCUGGUUAAUCUUUGACUUAUUUAUUGAAACUUUUCAGCACAUUCCAAAUUCUAAGUUGCUCAGGAAGAAGUUGAUUUAAAUGAUUAUAUUUUGGUCUGAUGAAUAUUUCUUAUUAAAAAAAAAAUCGGUUUUGUAAGCAUUUAGCCCACGACAGCUUUGUAGGAAGUGCCAUGCAUGUACUUGUAAAUCUCUGUGGAGGGAAAAAGGUGGGUGUUUGACCUUUAUGAAAAUGAGAAAACAUAUGUGUACAUUAGCUUAGCUAUAAAUGAAAGCAAUGUAUGUUUUGGGAUGAAAUAUUCUUUAACUUAUUCACUACCAUCUCCUGAAAUAUAAAUAAGCCAUACGAUUAUUUUUCAGUCCAGUGAUGUUUAAGAAUAAAACUUGUACUUUUCUUCCUUG